AUGAGCACAUCUAUGGCAAACCCACUCCCUACAAUCGACAGUGUCAGCGCCAUAGCCGAAUAUCUCCUUCUCCCUGAUUCGACUUCGUCUGCGUCUUCCAUGUCCAUAUCCACCUAUCAUUCGGCUUUAAACAGUCCCGCGAAACCUGGCGUGUCUUCUGAAAAGGAUGUGGGAGCUGGCGAGAGCGGCCCGCACGAAGUCCAAGACUUGAUAGUGUUCUCUUCAUCUUCUGGAAGCGGGCUUGGAGCUGAAUCCGACUCGAGCGCAAGUUCUGACGACAAACUGAAACGUCCACCUCCACGCGGUCCUAAUCGCGAUUCGAGCGAAGAGAUGGAUAGCGAUGAACAGGCACCCAAUGUCUAUAUUAAUGGUCUACCGCCUCGCUUCACCGAAGACCAGCUCCUCGCCAUCGUCGCCAACUUCGGCGAGGUCAUUAGUGUACGGACUUUCACGCGUGGCGGACCAGUCCAAACAGGCUAUGGAUUUGUUCUUUUCAAGUCAAUGAGCGCUGCCGAAAAAUGUAUCACAACUCUUCGUCGCAGCAACCUCUUUCCGCGUCUUUCCAAGAUACAAAGCCCAUUACCGAUGGAUUCUUCGAGCAGCAGCAGCUCAUUGCCGACCUCCAUUUCAUCAUCUUCAUCUUCUUCUGCCGGAAACAUGGGUCAAACUAGUCCUGUUUUGAGUUUCCGUGAACGAAUGGCGCGGAUGGAAGACAAGAAGAGCACGAAUGUGUACAUUGAGGGACUUCCGCUGAGUGUGGAUAAACAAACUCUCCUGACCUUGGCACAUCCCCAUGUUAUAAUGAGCAGUCGUUUCAUGAAAAGCAAGAUCCCCAAUUCUCAAACCAUGAUUGCAUUUAUGCGCAUGCAAACUCGCCAGGCUGCAGAAGCUGUCAUUGAUUUUUUAAAUGGUCAAACAGUACGCGGAUGGGACGGUUCGGAAAGCAAGAUACUUUUACGCAUUGCGGAUACUUUAGACCAACGGGAGCUCCGACGUGUCGAAGCAGCUUCUCGCGAUGGCAAUGGAGACGUCUCCGCCGACCGCUUGAGUAUAGCCGGGGCAACUUUGCUCAGUUAUCGGGGGAAAGAAUUUGCUGUCGCAUUAACCCAGUCCAAAUCCACUGGUAGCGAUACCAGUUCUAGUGGCUGGGGCACAACAAGCGGCAGCGCAAGCGUUGGUUCUGGAAUCAAUGGAAGUACGAGUGAAGAAGUCUUGUUUGUUCAGGAGCCAGCGCAAACGAAACAGCCCAGCGAAUUUUUGGUUUAUCCCAAGCUUCCGACAUCGCCUGUGAAGAUCGCUAAACCUACGAUUCCGAUUACUAGCAAAGCCACUGCUGCCCCAAAAGUGGCCAAGAUGGCCCAAGUUGCAGUCAAUCCGCAAUCGACACAUGCGACUGUGGCCUCGGCGCAACCACCGCCCAUGCGUCAUAUUCCUCCACCUUCGGGCAAUCCACGACCUCUUUCUAGUCAUGGCCAGCAGCAAAAUCAACAGCAGACCGUUCACAAUCAUGUUCUUCCCCAACAAUCACACAUUCGUUUUCCGCCACAACCACAACCACAGCCGUUCCAAGCGGCUUUCGAAAUUCAGGCUCAAGCAGCUUUACAGAUGCAAUUACAACUCCAACUCCUACAAAUGCACCCAUACCAAGUCCAGCAACUAGCUGCAGCCGCGAUCGGGAUGGGAAUGGGUCCAAGAGCAAGCAAUCCUAAUCGGAUGAGUGUCGGACUGGACGUCGGUGGUCUGGGGGGAUAUGACCCACUUUAUGCACCUUAUGCACAUGCGGGAACGCCUUCGCCAGCCCAACUACAACACUUGGAUAUGAGCAGACGGGCCAGUUGGCAGGUUCCCUCUUCGCAGCCCACUCCUGGCUUGCGUCGGACAGUUUCGGCAACAAGUGGUGGAGUUCCGGUGUCGCUUGGUCAGAGAGUGGCCAAUGUGAAUUCCAACUCUGGAGGCGCGCAAUCGAGGUCCGCGUUUGUGGCACCGGGUGCUAGGGGUCUCCAGCCGCCAGCUCCAUCGCAGUUAAACAAGGCUGCGGCUCCAUUCCACCCGCGAACUCGUUCUUCUGGUACCCUUGACCCUGCGUUUGCGGCUCCACAAUCUCGCGUCCGACCUGUGAGUAUGCAUGGGGCUGCUGGUGUCAAUCUAAGCGCCUCGCAUGGGUCGACUCAAAGCCAACAACAUCUCGAUGGAUUCGACUCGGCUCACAAUCGGGCAAGCACGGCGCCAGGGUCUGUCUUCGUGGGGCGAUCGGCCGUCGAUGAAAACGCGAAUAUAGCUGCACAGACGAAAGCCGUAGAAGCGCCCGCUGAGCUGAAGAAGGCAAAUGUGAACAAGAAAACUUCAGCGAAUACGACAGGGCAACAGCAGCAGCAGCAGCAGCGAUACUUUGCUGCCAAUCUUCGAAACAACAGCCAUGUCUUCAAUCGCGAGCGGCCUUCAGUGACAGCGGGGAGACAUGGAACCGGGCAUAAUGCCGGUGGGGGUGUUGGGCGGAUGAGGGCGUUUUGA